UUCGUUUCUCUCUCAAAAGUGUGGACUUUUGUCUUCAAUUUCUCUCCACCGAAAUGCAAGCAAGUUAGGCGAAUGCCCAAUGACAAGAACAGUAAUCUAGUGGAUUUGAAAGAGGCAAUCAAAGCAAACACGUAGUAUGGCGGGUCACAAGAAGAAGAGCUCUUUCCGGUCGAUUUUCAUGCACGCCGACGGUGCAGAUUACCUGCUCAUGUUCUUCGGAUUUCUCGGCGCUCUCGGCGACGGCCUUUCCAUGCCGGUGGUCUUGCUCGUCACCAGCAAGCUCAUGAACAACGUCGGCGAGUCAUCUUCUUUGGACUCCCAUACCUUCUCUAGGAACAUAAACAAGAAUGCAUUGUUCCUCUGUUACUUGGCCAUUGGACAGUGGGUAACUUGUUUUCUUGAGGGCUAUUGCUGGACAAGAACAGCAGAGAGACAAGCUUCAAGGAUGAGAUCAAGAUAUUUGAAGGCCGUGCUACGGCAAGAAGUGGGUUACUUCGAUUUGCACGUGACAAGCACGGCCGAGGUCAUCACCAGCGUCUCCAGCGAUAGCUUGGUAAUCCAGGAUGUUAUCAGCGAAAAGGUUCCAGCUUUCUUGAUGAACAUAUCAACUUUCCUGGGAAACUACAUAACGGGAUUUGUGAUGCUAUGGAGAUUGGCUAUCGUGGGAUUUCCAUUUGUGGUUGUUCUUGUAAUUCCUGGUUUGAUAUAUGGAAGGGCUCUUAUAACUAUAUCCAGGAAAAUGGAUCAGGAGUACAGAAAGGCGGGGGCAGUGGUGGAGAAGGCGAUCUCUUCGGUCAGAACAGUUUAUUCCUUUGUUGGAGAGAGCAAGACCGUGGCCGAGUACUCUGCCGCUAUUCAAGGCACCGUCAAGUUGGGGCUAAGGCAAGGCCUGGCAAAAGGCUUGGCCAUUGGCAGCAAUGGCAUCACCUUUGCAAUUUGGUCUUUCAUGGCUUGGUAUGGUAGCAGAUUGGUAAUGUAUCAUAAUGUUCGUGGUGGUACAGUCUAUGCGGUUGGCAUUGGCAUCGCCCUUGGCGGACUAGCUUUUGGUUCUGCACUAUCCAACAUAAAGUACUUCUUCGAAGCAUCUGCAGCCGGAGAACGCAUAAUGGAGGUGAUAAACAGGGUGCCCAAAAUUGAUUCAUACACCAUGGAAGGACAGAUUUUACAGAACAUCUCUGGGGAAGUCGAGUUCAAGCACGUCAAAUUCGCGUACCCGUCAAGACCAGAGACCACCAUUUUCAAAGACUUCAACCUGAAAGUCCCGGCGGGAAAGACGGUGGCGCUGGUCGGAGGAAGCGGGUCGGGCAAAUCAACGGCGAUCGCGUUGUUGCAGAGGUUUUAUGACCCUUUAGGAGGCGAGAUUUUGCUUGACGGGGUGCCCAUUGAUAAGAUUCAGCUCAAGUGGCUCAGGUCUCAGAUGGGGCUGGUGAGUCAAGAGCCUGCUCUAUUUGCCACGACAAUCAAAGAGAACAUACUAUUUGGCAAAGAAGAAGCUGAUACGGAAGAGGUUAUUGCCGCUGCCAAAGCUUCUAAUGCCCAUAAUUUCAUUUCCCAGUUGCCUCAGGGCUAUGAUUCACAGGUUGGGGAGAGAGGAGUCCAAAUGUCGGGGGGUCAAAAGCAGAGAAUAGCGAUCGCGCGAGCCAUAAUCAAGUCCCCGCGAAUCCUUCUCCUGGACGAGGCCACAAGCGCGCUCGACUCCGAAUCGGAGCGAAUCGUCCAGGAAGCGCUCGACAAGGCCGCCGUCGGCCGCACCACGCUCGUCAUAGCCCACCGCCUCUCCACCAUCUGCAACGCCGACCUCAUCGCCGUCGUCCAGAGCGGCCACGUCGUCGAAAUGGGCUCUCACGACGAACUAAUCAGAGACGAGACCAGCGCCUACACAGCCCUAAUCCGCCUCCAACAAACGCAAAAGCCCAGAGAAGAUUUCCCGAGCACGAGCGAUAACCCAAUCCCAAUCGCCAAAUUCGAUGUCCACAACGCCAGUAGUCGGAGGUUUUCAAUGAUGAGCCGGUCGAGUUCGGCAAACUCAUCGGCGUUAAGCCAAAGAAUGGAAAAUCUUAACCCUCCGGUUGCGAAAGAGCAAGUCCUUCCAGUGCCGACGUUUCGGAGACUGCUGGCUAUGAACUUGCCUGAGUGGAAGCAAGCGUCCAUGGGGUGCUUAGGCGCGGCACUGUUCGGCGCCGUUCAGCCAGUGUAUGCUUUUGCAAUGGGCGCGAUGGUGUCUGUGUAUUUCUUGACCGACCACGGCGAGAUCAAGUCCAAGACGAGGAUGUACGCUUUGUGCUUUCUUGGUUUGGCGGUUUUCUCGCUGGUUAUUAACGUGAUUCAACACUAUAAUUUUGCUUACAUGGGAGAGUAUUUGACCAAGAGGGUGAGAGAGAGGAUGCUGUCGAAGAUGCUCACGUUCGAAGUCGGGUGGUUUGAUCAGGACGAGAAUGCCACCGGUUCUAUUUGCUCUCGCCUCGCCACAGAUGCCAACGUGGUGAGAUCUCUGGUGGGCGAUAGGAUGGCACUUCUUGUCCAAACUAUUUCCGCCGUGACCGUGGCUUUCUCGAUGGGCCUGUUCAUCGCAUGGAAGCUCGCUGUCGUCGUGAUAGCGGCCCAGCCUCUCCUCGUCAUGUGCUUCUAUUUCAAGCGCAUCAUGCUCAAAAGCAUGUCCAUGAAGGCUAUCAAGGCCCAAGAUGAGAGCAGCAAGCUAGCCGCGGAAGCCGUCUCCAAUCUCCGCACGGUCACCGCCUUCUCGGCCCAAACCCGGAUUCUCAAAAUGUUUGACAAGACUCAAGAGGGCCCUCUCCGAGAAAGUAUCCGGCAAUCAUGGUUCGCUGGUAUCGGGCUUGGCACCGCUCAAAGCCUCAUGUCGUGCACCUGGGCUCUAGAUUUCUGGUACGGCGGAAAACUCAUUGUGGACGGCUACCUAGGGUCCAAGGCCCUAUUCCAGACGUUCAUGAUCUUGCUGAGCACCGGCCGGGUUAUCGCUGACGCCGGAACCAUGACAAAUGACCUCGCUAAAGGCUCCGAUUCCGUUGCGUCGGUAUUCACCGUUCUGGAUCGCUCCACCAAAAUUGAACCAGAUAGCCCAGAAGGUCAGAGGCCCGACAAAAUAACGGGUCGGGUGGAGUUCCACAAAGUUGUGUUCGCGUAUCCGGCCCGACCCGAUUUGAUGAUCUUCAACGGCUUCUCAAUCAACAUAGAAGCGGGAAAAUCAACGGCACUGGUUGGGCCAAGCGGGUCCGGGAAAUCAACCGUCAUCUCGUUGAUAGAGCGUUUCUACGAUCCGAUCGGGGGAGAAGUGAAAAUAGACGGCCGUGAUAUAAGGACGUACCAUCUCAGAUCCUUGCGGAAACGCAUCGCACUCGUUAGCCAGGAGCCGACCCUAUUCGCCGGCACGAUCCGUGAAAACAUCGCAUACGGCGAGCCCGAUAAGAUGGACGAAUCAGAGAUCAUCGAAGCCGCUAAGGCAGCCAACGCUCACGAUUUCGUCUCCAGCCUGCAGGACGGCUACGACACAUGGUGCGGCGACAGAGGAGUCCAACUCUCCGGCGGCCAGAAGCAACGCAUCGCGAUAGCCCGCGCCAUACUGAAAAACCCGGCGAUUCUAUUGUUGGACGAGGCGACCAGCGCGCUGGACAGCCAAUCGGAGAAAAUAGUGCAAGACGCGCUGGAGCGAGUGAUGAUCGGAAGGACCAGCGUGGUGGUGGCUCACCGGCUGAGUACGAUACAGAAUUGCGAUACGAUCGCGGUUCUGGACCAAGGGAAGGUGGAGGAGAAAGGAACGCACGCUUCUUUGUUGGCUAAAGGUCCAAGUGGAACCUACUACUCUCUGGUUAGCAUUCAGAGAACGCCCAGAACUUCCUAAAUUAAUCAAACGACAAUUGUAUCUAUGAUGGUAGUUUCUUGUGCAUAUAGGUGGGGUGACGGGGUCCUCUGUUCUGUUGCAUAUCUAUAAAUUUUGUCCACUCAAACCCAUAAAAUAUUUUGAAGAUUUUAAAGCCAAACUAAUAUUAAUUUACAAUCAUUUUGAUA